CCUGUCAUAGCUGUUGGUUCCUGGUCCCGCAGCAUCGAAAGGGACAUAAGCUCCUGACAGCUCCUCCAUCACAACACGCUGCCGCCUCCCCGACUCGCGGACCACCACUACCUCUACACACCCGCCAAAAUGUCCCGCAAGGCAAUCUCUCAAAGCGACAUCGAAAAGUACUGGGAAAUCUUCGCGCACCAUUCCCAAGGCGGCAGCAAAAUCACUGGCGACCAGGCCUCGAGCAUCCUCCGCAACAGUGGUCUCUCAGACGUGCAACUUGCCAAAAUAUGGGAUCUCGCGGACAUCGACAAGGAUGGCGACUUGGACUUCGAGGAGUUCUGUGUCGCCAUGCGGCUGAUCUACGACGUGAUGAAUGGAGAUCUCAAGUCGGUUCCGCAGACGCUCCCCGAGUGGCUUGUGCCAGAGAGCAAGGCACAUCUAGUCCAGGCGGAGUCGGCAGUUACGGCGGGAGGCGAGACGUUUGAGAGGCCUGCCGAUGACGAUGAUAUCCCAGGCUUGAAGGAUGAUUUCCAAUGGUACAUGGCGCCCGAGGACAAGAGGAAGUAUGAGAGCAUGUAUAUGGCGAAUGCGGGUGCACACGGGCAGAUUGGAUUUGCGGCACUUAACGAUCUCUACGCAGAGAUCAACGUUCCCGACACCGACGUCGCACGCGCCUGGAACUUGGUCAACCCCUCGCAAACACCAACGAUCGGUAAAGACCAAUGCAUAGUGUUCCUGCACAUGUUGAGCGGACGACAUGAGGGUUACCGGAUUCCGCGCUCCGUUCCGCCGUCGUUGAGAAGCUCGUUCGAACAGAACCAUGUCAACUACGAUAUCGAGUCCGUCAAGCCGCCGCAGCGCGCGAGUGGGCCGGAUAGGACUACUAUCUCCGGAAAAAAGGCGGCGUUUGGAGAGAGCUAUAUCACGCGGCUGGGGAUCGGCGCGUCGUCGGGUUACAAGCACUCCGGAACCGACUUCUCGAGUACCAAAGACGAAGACUGGGAGGAAGUUCGUCUGAAGCGUGAACUCGCCGACCUUGAGAAACAAAUCGCCGACGCCGAAACAUCCGCCGAGAAGCGCCGCAACCGCGAUCGCCACGGCGCCUCGGGCGCAUCGCAGAUCGCACUAGUGAAACGGGAACUUGAGCAGAUGCUCGAAUAUAAGAGGAAUGAGCUACGAUCUUUGGACGAGGGGAGCGGAAGCGUUGAGGCAGGGAAGAGCUUGAAGGCUGUUCGAGACGACCUGGACAUGGUAAAGGAACAAGUUGAUGCUUUGGAGCAACAUUUGCGGCGGCGAGAGGAAGUACUGCAAGGGGCGCUGAGGGAAGUUGAAGAGGAAAAGAGUAUGAAGAGGUAAUGGUGUGCGCGCAGUGAUUGUACUUUACGGCGGGUUGGUGGGCGGGAUAGGCGAGUAGGUAUAUAAAAUUUCUAUUCGGAUUGGGAUGCAAGUCUUUCUGCGAACUCUUUCUACGUUGGAUUUCCAACGUUGCCAUCUCUAUGCUACACCGAGUGCUCGCAUCUCCUAGGCUACUUCCAAUGGUAUUAAUGCCAAUACAUAAGAUGCGUAAUAAAGUAUUUAAAAUUGUCCCAAAUUCACAGAGAAGGAAU